CAGACGUCAAAUUAAGCAGGAGAAGUUUGGAGAGCUAAAGUGGACACGGAGUCGAUGCGGAGAUGCAUUGUGAAUUAACUCUUGUUGAAUAACUCUGCAUAAGAGCAACAGCAGCAGCCACUGAGGAGCCUUUACCAUGCAGGGGUACACAUGGAGUUCAAAUCAGCGUCCUUCACAAAGGUACCAAGAUCGGUCUCCUCCACAAUACCAAGAACGACUUCCACCUCAGUACCAAGAACGGUCUCCACCUCAGUACCAAGAACGGUCUCCACCUCAGUACCAAGCACAAUUCCCACCUAAUUACCAUGCCGUCAGGAAUGAUCAACCCAGUGGGUUCCAGGUACAGCUCACCCCACAACGACAAACCACAUUACAGACAAGAUAUUCCAAUGGACAACAAGAGGCUGCAAAUCAGUGGAACGCUUGCUCAGGCAGUGCGGACUCUUCUACUUUUCAACAAAACUCAAAUGGAUAUGACUGGUUGAAACGGGCAAACCAGAUCCAUCCCCAGCACCCAUUUGCAACCGCCCACAUACAGCAGCAAUACCCAUCUGACAACCCCAACGCAUAUAGGUAUCAUGCCCAAUUCGUGCAAUGGCAUGAUUCCUCCCCACAGAACUACAGAAACACAGGCUAUAGUCAAGCUCCAAUAUAUUGGUCUCCACAGUCAGACCAUGGCAGCUCUGUGGGUGACAGCAGGGGUUGGAGUUCCCACAUUUCCAACAAUGGCAGCUCUUGUUCCAUGAACAAUCAGCAACAAUUUCAAGCUCCUAGAAUGGCAGCUCAUCGUCACCAUCAACAACAACAACAAGAGUACUCUAGACAAUAUUCAGGCCAAAAACGCAGACGCCACACACAAUCCUCUUCUCAGGCCUCCCAAAAAAUUCCUAAGAAUCAAGCUCAGAGCAGAACUGAGGCCAAUCGUACCUCAUGCAACUCUACAACACCACCUUCUGGAGCACAGAGCAAUGUUUCAUUGCCAUCCAAUAAUUUAAACCAAAGUCCUGUUGACCAUAACUGGUCGGAACUUGGGUCAAACGCUGGUCCGGACGUAUCAGCGACCCAGCCUCAGAAUAAUCAAAAUGCUGGACAUCAGUCUCAGGGCACAAACAAUGGGACAUGUAAUGUUAAUCAGACCUUUCAAACGACACAGACCAGUAAACCCCAGCUUCAGCCCCACUCUAAAACGGAUUUUAACUUGUCUUCUUAUGCUGACUCAAUAAUAUAUAGAUUACUGUGUUCAAAUGAUAAUGAACGAUCAAAUGAAAGAACUGCACAUCAGAACACUCGUCCACACCAGUCAGAGGUUUGUGCAACCAAAAGGACUGACAAUCACUCAAAGGAACCUUUUUCUGAACCAAGAGCACAGUGUACAGUUGAGCCGCCCAGCAAAAGAAUAAAGUAUGCUGUGAUUCAGAGAGACUGUUGGAACAAAGUAACAAUAGCGUCCAAAGACAAAAGUGAUUUUGGGGUGAAAUCUGCUCAAACUGGUACCCAUCAGACAAGUAGCGAUGAGAAUGGACGUAAAGGAACGAGCCAACACAACAUACAGUACAGUAUGGACCCAGCAGACUGUCUUGAAAUGGUCUUUGCACUUCAGAAAGCUGCUCAGCAAAGUCACAAGGCCAUAGCCAUCGUUCCACCCAUUUCCCAGCAGAUCUCAAACGCUGCACCGACGGCUGAUACCAGCCCAAAAAAAGCUGAAAGUCCACCAUUAAAGAUUGAUUGCGUUUGGUCACUUGCUGAAGAGUCUAAUGACCAAACAACUGAAAAUGACAAGCUGUCUGAAUCCUCCUCACAAUUGGCUCAACAGAACAACAAAAGCCUUGAAAACGCGACUGAAAGCAACAUCGCAGACCCCGAUGCAUGCUCUGCUGCUAGCCCAGUUGAAUGUCAAAAUGAUGUGCAGCAAAGUGACUGUGAUUCAAGUGAUCCUUCUUUUGACUUGUCCAGUGUGCCAGUGAUUGAGCACACACUGGAGAAACUGAUGGACUUAGCAAAGUCUUUAGAGAAGACAGAGUUAUCGGCCGGAUAUCCUGAGAAUUCUGAGAGCGUUUUAGAAAGGAUCUUGAAACUCUACUGGAAUGGGAAAGCUUCCAAUAUGUUGGAGCCUUUGAAAUCAUUUGGAGAGUUACUGCACUUAUCCAUAAUAUAUGCAAAGGACUACAGUUCUGUGGUAUUUAACAGCAUUGAAACUGAAAACCUGAAGAAGCUAGCUCAUUGCGACAUUCUCAAAAAUGAGAUGUAUUCAUCGUCAGAGGAGUUCAGGUCUUCUUGGUUAAAUGUUGAUGGACAGCCAGCUGAUAUUGAAAAGGUGAUUUCAGAGCCACUGGUGGAUGAUGCAACUGUGUUCAAGGCAACAUCACAGACUUUUUCAGAUCACACUGUUGUCGCUUCAGCUAGUUUAGGUGUGAAUUCCCUCACAGACGUGCCUGAGGUUUCAUCCAAAGAGAAAAGUGUGAAUCAACACAUGUGCAGUCCAACAGAUCUUUGCUUACAAAAGGCAGGAAAUGACAGUGAGGAAGUGACUGCGGAAAACAAUGGGCAUUCAAAUGUAGUGCUCAGAAAAGAAAGUGAGAAAGAGACAUUCAAGAAGCAAGAGGACAUCAAUCAAAACCAAAAUUUUAAUACAGAACCCUCAGACAUCUCACCUUUAGCUGAAAGGUCUACAGAGAAACUUGCAGACUUUGGCAAUGCAAAAGAAGUAUUCAGACAAGAUCACGAGCAAACACGUGAUAAUGCAUCAGAUUCACCGUCUCUGAGCCCUGAAGACAGUGUUUCAGAAGGUGUAAAAAACUCUGAGGUGUCUUUCUCUACCGAGACUCAUUGUACCUCCAUGGAUACAUGGCAGCUGGAAGAUAUUUCCGAUGAUGAAAAUCCAAUCAGUAAAGAAGCUCUGAAUAACUCCUCAGAAGCCUGGCUGGUAGAAGAUAUUUCCGAUGAUGAAAAUCCAGUCAGUAAAGAAGCUCUGAAUAACUCCUCAGAAGCCUGGCUGGUAGAAGAUAUUUCUGAUGAUGAAAAUACAGGCAGUAAGGAGGCUCUUAAUGACACCUCAGACAAUAUCAGGCUGGUAGAGGAUAUUUCUGAUGAAGAAAAUUCUGGAAAUAGGGAGGUUCUUCUUAAUUCCUCAAACAUCUGGCAGGUGGAAGACAUCUCUGCUAAUGAGAAUCCAGGCAAUAUGGACACUCCUAGUAACUCCUCAGACAUAUGUGCGGUGGAAGAUGUUUCUGCUGAUGAAAAUUCAAGCAAUGAUUCCUUGUUUAUGGGAAUCACGGUGCUAUCAUCAGAAGAUGCUAAAACAUUUUUCCAACAGUUUGAAAAGGAACCUGAAUGUAACAUCAAAACCAAAUCUCAAUCCAACUUUGAGCGCCCAGAUCUUGUAGCGUGCUUUGAUGCACACAGUCAGCCUAACCACAAGUACAACAAAGCAAAUACUUGCUCUCGCUGUGGUACAGAAAUUGCAAAAUCAAGUUCCACCAAUAUGACAAAGACAGACAGUGAUGCUGAUCUUUUUUGCCAAGAGUGUUGGGAACAGGCACCACUUUUUGAGCUAGAAGAUGAGCCAUAUGAGGCCAAACUUCCGGGCUCUGCUGCUGAAAAUUAUAGUCUGCCAUGUCUUAAGUUGGAAGUCAAUGAGCCAAAUUUGGCUUCAACAAAGGAAUGCAUUGUGUAUGAAGGACUGAAAGGACAAAAAAGUGAUUGUCUGGUAAAAUCAAAACUGGAAGAAAAUUGUAUUCCACCAUCUCUUCAAACAGAAGUCAAAGAGUCAACUGUUGCAUCAAAUGAUGAAUGCAUUGCGUAUGAAGGACUGGCAGGACAAAAGAGUGCCUUUUUGUUAAAAUCAGAACUGGGACACAAUUGUAGUCCGCCAUCUGUUGAACUAAAAGACAAGAAGCCAAAUGUUGCUCUACCAGAGACAUGCAUUGCAGAAAAAGGACUGACCGGACAAAAAAGAGACUUUAUUGUAAAAUCAGAACUGCUAGAAAACCGUAGUCGACCAUCUCUUAAACUAGAAAUCAAGGAGCCAACUGUUGCUUCAACAAAGGAAUGCAUUGCAGGACAAGGACAAAGUGACAGUAUGAUACAGUCAGAACUGAGACAAAAUUGCAAUCUGCCAUCUAUUAAACUACAAGUCGAGAUGCCACAAAUUUCUUCUCCAGAAGAAUGCAUUGCGGAUAAAGGACUGAGAAGCCCAAAAAGAAACAGUAUGGCAAAAUCAGAAAUGGGACAAAAUCAUAGUUCUCCAGCUUUUGAACUGAAAGUCAAGGAGUCAAACUUUGUUUUACCAAAGACAUGCAUUGCAGAUGAAGGACAGAUAGGGCAAAAUAGUGACUGUAUGAUAAAAUCAGAACUGGUAGAAAACCGUAGUCAACCAUCUCUUAAACUAGAAAUCAAGGAGCCAACUGUUGCUUCCAUAAAGGAAUGCAUUGCAGGACAAGGACAAAGAAGUGACAGUAUGAUACAGUCAGAACUGAGACAAAAUUGCAAUCUGCCAUCUAUUAAACUACAAGUCGAGAUGCCACAAAUUUCUUCUCCAGAAGAAUGCAUUGCGAAUGAAGGGCUGAGAAGCCCAAAAAGAAACAGUAUGGCAAAAUCAGAAAUGGGACAAAAUCAUAGUUCUCCAUCUUUUGAACUAAAAGUCAAGGAGUCAAACUUUGUUUUACCAAAGACAUGCAUUGCAGAUGAAGGACAGAUAGGGCAAAAUAGUGACUGUACGGGAGAAUCAGAACUGGGACAAAAUCGUUGCCCACAAUGUCUUAAACUAGAAGUCAAGGAGCCAACUGUUGCUUCAGCAGAGGACUGCAUUGCAGAUAAAGGACUGCCAAAAAGUGACAGUAUGGUAAUAUCAGUGACUAAGACGGUGUCUGAAAUUCAGGGGUCAGCUGAGAGGGAGCUAACCAAGAUUCAACCAAAUAAGCAGAAAAAUGAAAAAACGGAGAAAAUUAGAGUACCCAAGCUCCAAUCUAUCACGCAAUGCAGAAAACCAAAGAAAACGGCAUUUUCCAAGCAUAAGCUAAAAUCUGGUAGCACUAGUACUGGUUCUGAUGAUUCUGUGCUUUUCGCUCCAGAUAUUGUGGUUAAAAUGAACCGGCCACAAAAGAAAAAACUACUUGGCAUGUCUGCAAAUAAACGCCGUAGUGGUGAGAGUCAGAACUGCAGUAAGGUGAAAAAAUUCAAAGAACACGGGCAACAAAGACGAGAUAAUCCUAACAAAAUCUCAAACCAUAGAGAAAACCUAGAGAAAGUGUCUGGUCAGUCAGAUGACACACCAUCCCAGGGAUCAGAAAUGAAGCCAGAGCUGCAUAGCAUUCUGUCCGUGAAUAAAAUAAAAAGAACUGAGCCAAAGAAAGUGAGAUUUGACUUAUAUGGGUCCAAAACAGAAAAACAGUACUAUGCCCCAGAACGGCGUUAUUCAGCUCCUGCUACCUUAACUGUCUCUGAUUGCAAAGACUAUACCGAUGAGCUUUCUGCUAAACAAAAAGUUCUCAACCAGUGGAGUAGCACCUUUAUACCUAAAACAAAGAAGACUCGUUCUCCCAGGUCAAUACAGGAGGGAUCACCACAGAAGAAAAAACCACAGAAACCUCAGGACCUCUUAAAGUCAAAUAUGAGUGCAUUAAAAAGCCAUUUGACUCACAGAGCCAAGCUAUUAUCUAGUAGUGACAGAGAGAGAAGUCACUUUAGAAAACCAUUUUUUCAUCAAAAGCUUAGGAAAACACUAAGCAGCUAACCUGUCGAAGUUGCUUAAUUACUGUUUUUGUUAUGUUUACUUAAAUAUGUUUACACAUAUUAGCCGUAGCUGUAAUGUGUAAUGACAGCUUUCUGUUGAUGAGUGAAAACAUGAUGAAUGUUGAAUGAUUUAUUAUUAUUAUUAUUAUUGAGAGCUAAAUAAAGUUUAUUUUUCUAGAGCUUUAUUGUUUGUAAUACGCUACACUGUAUGUGACUGAAUCAUGUCUUUGAUUGCAGUCAUUUUGGAAUGUUAUUUUGUAAGUAUAGUUUUAAUAUUUUUUUUUUUACUAUACUUCUGAAUGUUGUUGCAUUAACUUUUUUUUAUAUUGUAUUUACAAAUACAUGACUGGAAAGUUUACUGGUGAGGCCGUCACUUAAUACAUUUUGUAAAUAACUUGUUCUGUUUGUUUCAAGCUUCUUUGGUUAUGCUGCAGAAACUUUCAUGUCUUAAAACGUGCACCACAAGUUCAAGUCACUCAUACUUUAAUCACUUUAUCAUACAAUUAUAAUGUGUAAGAUUAUUACACUUAAUAAUUAAUUUUUUUUUUUUUUAAAUUUACGGUACAGAUUGGUGUCGAAAAAUGAUGCAGAAAAUGUGGUUUUAUAGUGGUGUAACAGAAAUACAAAAAAGAUCAAUAGAAAAACAGCUAUUUU